AUGGAACGAGCGAAUAACGCGUUGAUGGCAAGUUUUCUUCGUCUGGAAAAUGUGGUGAUGAGUGGGAAUACCGAAGAUAUCAAUGCCGUCUUCAACCAGGAUCCAGUGUUCAAGCAUCCAAGAAUCCCGGAAAAGUAUCCUAUCACUUAUUUCUGGCUAUGUUGUAAGUCAAUGUUUUUAAUCCCCCCCCUCCCGAGAUGUCUAAUCCCGACAAAGUAUAUUUUUAGAUAGGCUCGGCGAAAACGGCAGACGAGAGUACUAUUGGGUGUUUUGGACUCGCGGGCAGAUCGAGCGAAACGUCACGUACGGACCCAUUCUGGCCGACAAUCCUAUCGAGAUGUAGGCCUUGACGCAGAAAACACACACAUUCAUCUAAAAUUCAGGCUGGAGAAGCGUCCGGAUUUCCAUAGAAACAUGGUGGACAGUCUGUGGGCUUCGGACGGAGAUUUCCCCACGUAUGAGAGGGAAAUGAUCGAUGAUAACAGCACAAAUCUGACGAUGGAAAUGUUCGAGAACGAUGAAUACUUUAAAGAGUUCACGAAUAACAUGAAACAGGACAAUAACCUGGGGAACUGUAAGCAAAGCAACAACUUUUGAAUUGAGAAAAUUGUUGAAAUUUUUAGGGCGUGAUAGAAUAUUCAAUAUGGUGCUAAAGAAGAGAAUCGAGUACUACCAGGAGGUAAUUAAGACGGGCCUUUCAAAUAAUUGCCUUCAAUCUCAGCGCUAUCGCCUCUCGCGGAAUGAUCACUACUUGAAAAUGGCAGUCUUCUGGAAAUAUCUCGACUGGAAAGUGAUUAGCGACGAGCACUUUUCAGUGAUGAUCAUGUGCUUCUUCAAACAAAUCGACCUGGGCUUCGUCGAUGCCCUUUUCCGUGCUCAUUAUAGCUAA